AUGACCCUCCCUCCCCUCUCGGCGGCGUACCCGCUGAGCCAGACAGGCACGGGUAUAGUGGUGGGCAUCAUUAUUGUAUUCCUCUUCCACGCCAGCCUCUUCAUCGGCGCGUACUACUUCUUCGCUACACACCUUUAUCGUGACUAUGAGGUUCAGCGUCGCUCUGUACAACACCUGUUCUGUGCCACUUUUACUGCUUGCGUUUCCAUGUUGCAGCUGUUGAUCCUGGAGCUGCUGCAUAUAUUGAACCCGCAUAUCCGACGCUUUGUGUGGAACUUAGACUUAAUCUGUGUACUUUUGUUGCUUUACAUAGUGAUCCCAGUGUCCAUUAUUCACAACGCCUUGGCCCCAAGCGCUGAUUCUUUUCGUAUCGCCGACUGGGCAGCGAAGUUCCCGCAGAUGCAGCGCCUGCAGACACGGGCGGCUGCUCUUUCCCGCCUCACAGCAGUCUCUAACUUUGGAUCCUCUGGGAGCAGCGGCAUCCUGUCGAAGCUCGGCAGGCUGUCUCCCCGGUGGCGCGAGUGGGUUGCAGUAGCGGCUUGCAGCGCUGUGGUGCUGCCCUUACUGUGGUUCUGCUUCUGCCAGUCCGGGCGACUAUUGCAUCUAAACUCAGACAGUCUCUCCCUUCUGUCCUACACGGAGCGCUUGCUGGCGUAUGUAGGUGUUUGCGGAGUUACUGUUGUUUCCGCCCUGGCGGGCUUUGGAAGUGUGAACUACCCCUAUAGGAACGUAGCCACUUUCUUGUAUCCGACCACCCAAGCAGAAGUCGCGUGCGUAGAACAGCGGCUUCUGCACACUUUGAACCUCGUUAGUGAAAAAAAAAGGGCAAGACUCCACUUGCAAGCGUCUCUGAACCCCGCACGCGCUCGCUUGUGGCCGACGCCAACUUCGGGAGUUCUUUCACCCCCCCCAGGAUCCAACCGCCCCUCCUCCUUUUCUCUUGAUCCAUCGACCUCACGAAGAGGCCGGAGUGCUUCACGCAGGCGCUAUGGGGGCCUUGGGGGAGAGAUUACGAGUGCCUCGCGCAGGGGGGCAAGUGGAGGUUAUUCGGGUAGCCGAGAGGAAAUUGACGGAUCGACUCUGCGGGGGGGAACAAAAGGUCCGAACGCGCCCACAGAGCCGGAAGGCCAGGCGGAAGGUCAAGCACUUGCUGGCGUGCGACAAAUACUGUGGCGAUGGGUACCUAGAUGGCUCAGUGAGUGGCUGGACAGGAUCCGCGCGUUUGUAACAGGCAGGCGGCUGGAACAACAGUGCCAGAAGCUGCAGAGCGAAAUAGAAGCCUUAGAGGAGCUUUCUCGCGAACUCUUUGUUGGUUUAGAUGAUCUUGUCCACUCUCGAGCGCAGGCCCUCUACGGGCGCACCUGGCUGGGAAGAUUCAACAACUUGCUGGGUUGGGGCAUGACGGCAGUAUGCGUUUACCGCGUUUUCAUGAGUGCCGCAAAUGUUUUGCUAGACCGCGUGAGUACCACAGAUCCGGCCACCAGAACUUUGGAAUUACUUUUACACCUGCUGCAUGUGCCAGUGAACGUCACACUGAUGACGCCAUAUCUGUCGCUGGUGCUUUUGGGGUGGAUUAUUGCUCUGACAAUCCGUGGGUUCUUCGAAAAACUCCUCACUGUUUUUCGCUAUAUGUCCACGGCCGUGUCAAGCAAUGUGUUUGCUUUGGUGAUGUCUGAAGUUAUGGGGAUGUACUUCUCCGCCUGCCUUCUCCUUACUCGAGUUUACCUUCCUCAGUCCUAUCGCGACGCCUUGGCUCAGGUUCUCGCGCCGUCUCUUGAUUUUAGGGCUUUCCAUCUUCAUUUUGAUCGCGUGUUCGUCCUCUCUUCCCUUGCGUGCGCAAUUUCUAUUGCGAUUACCCACCACCGCACUGCGGAAAAACUCAAAAGCCUCUGA